AUGGCCGGCCUACCAAGUCAUCUCCUUCCUCGCGACCUCGGCGGUCCCAUCGACGGCUUUGACCCGAACAUCAGCAACGGCACAUGCUACAGGAAGACCGGGACGGGCGUCAAAGAGCUUCCUGACCAUUAUAUUCCCUGCGGCAAUAGCGCCAUUGGCCACGUUGGAUGCUGUCAGGCUGGUGAUAAGUGUCUAGAAUUCGGGGCAUGUUACAAUACUACGUUUGGAACAACUUAUAUUAGUGGAUGCACUGAUGAGGAAUACCAAGAUGCCAGCUGCCCCCAAAAGGCGUUUGAAGCCGCCGUCUGGUUAGGCCUCAUCUACUGUGACUCCGAACACGAAUGGAAGCCCUGUAUCCAGAAUAACGACUAUCCAGAAUACAUCACGAAAAAGCCAGCCGAUUGUGAUAAGGCCAAAGUCUGUACCAACGCCGACGUCGCUGCUGUCUUUCCCACCUUCACUGCCAACCGGAUCCCCGACAUCGGCUGGCUCAAUUACGACCAGGACGAGAGAAGCCUCAGCUGGCUCGUAUCCGACCCAUCGGCGGUAUAUCACGAAGCCAGCACCACCAAGAUCCAGACAAUCAUUUCCUCUCCCGAUUCAACAUACUCCAAGACGACCCUCACAACCGGCACGGCUUUUUCCACGUCUACCCCAUCCGCUGUCCCACCUGGACCGACAGCAACUUCCUCGACUGAUGACUCCUCGAAUCUCAGCACCGGCGCCAUUGUGGGCAUAGGAGUCGGUGUAGGCGCUCUGGCUAUUUUGAUACUGGUUGGCCUUGCCAUUUUCUUCAUAGUUCGCCGACGGAGAGCAGAGCAUGAGCCCAACCCGUCUGGUACCGACGAAUCUUCGAACACAGCCGAUGAUGCGCCAGGAAAGGAGUCCAAGUCACCAAUCUCACCAGGUGGAAACUCGCAAGGUCUUCAUGCGUCCCCAAUGAUUAGUGAACUCGACUCUCAGGCCGACCGUCCCUGGUCUCUGCGUUCAGAAUUACACGGAAACACGGUGUCGCCCUCAGCCUUUUCUCCAGCAACCACAAGUCAUGCCUCGUUCCAACCAUCCCCAAUGAUGUCUGAAGCCUCGGAAGGUCAGGGCUAUGCAAUGGGACAUGCGUACAAACCGUACGGUGGGGAUCACCUUCGUCACAUCAACGAGUUGCCUGCUUAG